CAUCACGAAUACGAAACACGUCAAAAGCGAAAAUCAAAUCCCAAAUUUUUCGGAUGUUUGAGAUAAGAAAGCAUUCUAAUAUUUAUUGUUAAUAAACAAAUUGUGAUAAUGGCUACAACACCGUCGUAUAACAAUGAUAAAGUUGUUACUGGUGAAGUGGAGUACCCUGCUGGUGAUCCAGCCUCGGGAGCUUUCUUUCAACCGGAUUAUAAGAAAAAUGAAGACCUGAAAAUGAUGCUGGACGGCUCGAAAGAUUCUCUCAAACUGGAAGCUAUGAAAAGGAUCAUAGGAAUGAUUGCCAAAGGCAGAGAUGCUUCAGAUUUGUUUCCAGCAGUAGUAAAGAAUGUAGUGUCGAAAAACAUAGAAGUGAAGAAGUUAGUCUAUGUAUAUCUUGUCAGGUAUGCUGAAGAGCAGCAGGAUCUAGCUCUGUUGUCUAUUAGUACUUUCCAGAGAGCUUUGAAGGAUCCUAACCAACUUAUAAGAGCGAGUGCUCUACGUGUGCUGUCUUCUAUACGUGUGCCCAUGAUUGUGCCCAUUGUUAUGCUGGCCAUCAGAGACUCGGCAAGCGAUAUGAGUCCAUAUGUGAGGAAGACGGCCGCUCACGCUAUACCUAAGUUGUACAGUUUAGAUCCAGAGCAAAAGGAGGAGUUAGUUGCCAUCAUAGAUAAGUUAUUAUCCGACAAGGCACCUUUGGUUGUUGGUUCGGCGGCCAUGGCAUUCUCCGAAGUGUGUGGAGACAGGAUGAGUCUUAUACAUAGGAGUUACAGAAAACUGUGUGCACUGCUAGCUGAUGUGGACGAGUGGGGACAGCUCGCGUUGCUCAAUGUACUCACUGUGUACUCCAAAACUUGCUUCCCGGACCCUAACAAUGAUAAUUGUUCAAGUGAGAGCGAAGAAGAGAAACCAUUCUACGAUUCAGAUUCAGAUACUAGUAACCCCAAAAAGACAUCGUCAUCACCCACCGUAGAUCCCGAUCUCCGGCUCUUGCUUCGAGCUGCGAAGCCACUGCUACAGAGCAGAAAUGCUGGUGUGGUGAUGGCAGUGGCGCAAUUGUUCUACCAUUGCGGACCUGUGCAAGAACUACCGCCAGUAGCGAAGGCAAUGGUGCGCUUGCUGCGAGCUCACGUGGAAGUGCAGAGUGUUGUACUUAAUUCGAUUGCCGCACUCACUGUGUCGAAACGGACGCUGUUCGAACCGUUUCUCAAAUCGUUCUUCGUCCGCAACUCGGACCCCACUCACAUUAAACUGUUGAAACUCGAGAUCUUGACCAACUUGGCAACGGAGGGUACCGCGCCCACUGUGCUAAGGGAGUAUCAGACGUAUGUGACGUCCAGUGACAGGGCGUUCGUGGCGGCCACCAUACAGGCGAUCGGUAGACUCGCUGUGGCGAUAAGCAGUGAAACGGAGACUUGUUUGAACGGCCUGCUCCACUUGCUGUCUAGUAAGGAUGAAUGGGUGGUAUGUGAAGCAGUGGUGGUAGUUAAAAGAGUGGUGGGUGGUGGCGCUAGUUCGGCGCGCGCUGCUGUAUCAAGAGCCGCUAAACUGCUACGCUCGGAUCGGCUCGCGGGCAACGCUCGCGCGGCGGCCGUGUGGCUGGUGGCGGAGCACGGGGCGAAGCACCCGCGCGCCGCCGCCAUACUCGCGCACAUGCUUGGCAACUUCGCUGACCAGGAUGAGCUAGUGAAGCUGCAGCUGCUCUCGCUGGCCGUGAAGCUGUGCGUGACGCAGCCGGACACGCUGCCGAUGUGCCGCUACGCGCUGCACCUGGCGCGCUACGACGCGAGCUACGACGUGCGCGACCGCGCGCGCCUGCUACGCGCCUUCGCGGAGCCGGCCGGCGGCGCGCUGCUCGCGCGCUACGCCGCGCACGUCUUCUGCCCGGAUAAGCCGAAACCGACCGUAUUGACCAGCUUUAAGGACCGCGAGCAGUACACGCUGGGCACGCUGUCGCAGUACACGGGCGCGGCGGCGAGCGCGUACCGGCCGCUGCCCGCGCCGCCGCCGCGCGCGCGCCACGCCGACCUGCGCGAGCCGCCCGCGCACGCGCCGCCGCACGACGCGACCGACGCACCCGACGCACCCGACGCGCCCAAGAACAAAACGUUCUACUCGGAGCCGGAAAGCCAGUCGGGGUCUUCAUCAUCAGGGUCAUCAUCCUCCAGCGGAUCCGAAGAGUCGUCUGACGAGGAAGGAGAUAAUGAAAAUGAAAUUGAAAACGCGAACAAACAAGAAAAGUCGAAAGAAACGAAUAACUACAAAUCAAAUUCUGACACAUCGGACAGUGAGUCAGACAGCGAGGCGUCUAGUUCUGAGGCGAGCGGUUCGGAGAGUGACAGCAGUGCGGAGGAUACGGACAAACAGACUAAAAACGAACGCAAGCCACAAGAUCCACCAAAGCAGGAGAUGGCAAAAAAGAACGAGAAGUCGAACCUGGAGCUGCUGCUGGAGCUGGACGAGGCGGCGAGCACUCUGCCCACUAUGACGCCCACCUGUGGGGGUUUUCUCUCCCCCCCAACUAAUAAAACUGCCGGCUUUGGUGAUGAGGACACAAUAACCCCCAUAGGGGCAAGCAUAAUCCCCACACGGGGCACCGAAGUGGUGUCCCGUGUGAUGUCCGGCGGGCUCGCAGCAACCAGCCACUGGACUCGAACCCCGCACCUCGCGGGCGCCAAGCUUUGCGGCGUGAGGCUCGAGCUGGUGAACCACAGCGCUGAUGAUGUACUGGAUCUGAGGGUUGGGAAAAUGUCUCUCUCCGGGUCCCGCAGCAUCCACCCGUUCCCGUCCAUCUCGUGCCUGGGGCCGGGGGCGGCGACCACUGCGCUGCUGGGCGUGGACUUCGCCGAUUCGAUACAGCCCGUUGAGUUCACCAUCGUCAGCUCUUUGGGCGAAGUGGGCGUGGUGCUGACCCCACCGGUGGGCGAGCUGGUGCGCGCGGUCAGCAUGUCGCCGGCGCGCUGGACAACCGAGCAGAGGAAGCUGCGCGGCAUGACUGAGUGCGACAAAAAGGCGCCGAAGCUGCAAGACGAGCUGCUGGUGUGCCAGCGGGUGUUCGAGACGGCCAAUGUCGGUGCCGUGGACUCUCCGGCUAAUUUCCCCAAAUUCGCCGGUCGUCUGCUGUCAUCCCAAGACUUGGUGCUCAUAUCGGUUAAGGUCCAAAACGACCAUAACUUGGUCACCGUGAAUUGCCAGAACAUGGCCAUAGCGUCGCUACUGGCUAAUGAAAUCGCUAAUUCCUUUUGUAAAUAAAUAUUUGAAUAAAUAUAAUAAGUAUGUUCCAUUUAUCUAUCUAAUAAAGACUUUAUAUUGA